AUGAGUUAUAAUAAGAAAGUAUCAUAUUUUUACAAUCCGGAUGUGGGAAACUUUCACUAUGGUCCUGGACACCCAAUGAAACCUCAUAGAUUGUCUGUAAUUCAUAGUUUAGUUCUUAAUUAUGGUUUACAUAAAAAAAUGCAAAUUUACCGUCCUUAUCGUGCGAGUACUCACGAUAUGUGCCGGUUUCAUUCUGACGAAUAUGUGGAGUUUUUACAAAGAGUAACGCCACAAAAUUUACAAGGAUAUACAAAAUAUCUUAGUCACUUUAAUGUGGGAGAUGACUGUCCUGUUUUUGAAGGACUCUUUGAUUUUUGUUCUAUGUAUACUGGGGCAUCUUUAGAAGGAGCUACAAAAUUAAAUAAUAAUUGUUGCGACAUUGCAAUCAAUUGGAGUGGAGGUUUACACCAUGCUAAAAAAUUUGAAGCUUCAGGCUUUUGUUAUAUAAAUGAUAUUGUAAUCGCAAUUUUAGAAUUAUUAAAAUAUCAUGCUAGAGUAUUAUAUAUAGAUAUUGACGUCCAUCAUGGAGAUGGUGUACAAGAAGCAUUUUAUCUUACUGACAGAGUUAUGACAGUUUCCUUUCACAAGUAUGGCAAUUAUUUCUUUCCUGGAACAGGAGAUAUGUAUGAAAUAGGAGCAGAGAGUGGUAGAUAUUAUUCUGUAAAUGUACCAUUGAAAGAAGGUAUAGAUGAUACGUCUUAUGUACAAGUAUUCAAACCUGUUAUCUCGCAUGUGAUGGAGUUUUUUCAACCAACUGCAAUUGUAUUACAAUGCGGUGCAGAUUCUUUAGCGAAUGAUAGGCUUGGAUGUUUCAGUUUAAGUACAAAAGGUCAUGGAGAAUGUGUGAAAUUUGUUAGAGACUUACAUGUACCUUUACUUACUGUUGGUGGGGGUGGUUAUACCCUUCGUAACGUGGCACGUUGUUGGACAUAUGAAACAUCUUUACUUGUUGAUGAACAGAUCAGCAAUGAAUUACCUUAUACUGAAUAUUUAGAAUAUUUUGCACCAGACUUUACAUUGCAUCCUGAAGUUGUUACUAGACAAGAUAAUGCAAAUAGUAAACAAUAUUUAGAGGCAAUAACUAGACACGUUUAUGAUAAUUUAAAAAUGAUACAACAUUCGCCAAGUGUUCAAAUGCAAGACGUUCCAUGUGAUGCAUUACCACCAGAAGAAGAGAGGCAACCGGAACCAGAUCCUGAUUCCAGACAAAAUGUUCAAGACACGGAUAAAAUUAUUGAGCCAACUAAUGAAUAUUAUUCGGGUGAUAAAGAUCAAGAUAAAAUGGAUGUGAGCGAAACAUGAUGAAAACAAAAGAGAUCAAAUUUUUCAAAUGAAUAAAUGACAACUUCAAUUCUGA